AUCAGAUAAUUAAGAUGAUGAUCAGUAAAUUUUCCCUAAAAAAAUUUUUUUCAACAAUUGCAACAUUUUCUUCUUCUCCCUUGAGGAAAUUUUCUCAUUGCUCCUUUCUGCACUGCUCAUAAGGACCAAUCUUUCAACGAAAAAAUCAUUCUUAAGCUCAAUUUCAACUAAAACACUUUUAAAGUUUUUCAUCUCAUUAUUUCCGUUGUGCAAAAAAAAUCUCAACUCUUAAUCUCAAAAUGAAAGUCAUCUUUGUUGCCUUAUUGGUUCUCGCUGUUCUCGGCGCUGCUUUCCUUCCCUCUGUUGAUGCCCAAUAUGGUCGUGGUGGUUAUGGCCGAGGAUACGGUGGUGGUGGACGUGGAUACGGUGGCGGCUAUGGCCGAGGUGGAUACGGAGGUGGUGGAUACCGAGGUGGAUAUGGUGGUGGACGAGGAGGAUAUGGUGGCGGUUAUGGAGGAGGCCGAGGAGGUUAUGGUCGUGGAGGCUUCUACGGUUGAUUACUAUUCCUCUAACCAACUUUGUCACCUUUUUUGUUUUCUCACCUAAAAGUUCAUGUUCAUCAGCAUCCUCCUUUGGUUUACCCUUCAGCUUUCCCUUUUCCUGUUGUUUUUAAUGUAAUUCUUUAUAAUGCUUAUAAAUAUUGUAAUUUUUCGCACAAACGAUGCGAUUUCCAAACAUGAACAAGUAUUCAGCUUCAGCAAUAAAAUAGCAAUUAAACGAUGAAUUUUGUUUUAAGUCAAAGAUAAUUUCAAAGUGUUUGUCUUGUGAUGAAUUUCAUCGUGUUUCAGCUGCCCAAAGUUUCUGUUAUGUUUAGACGUUAAAGAUAUUCAUAAUCAGAAAUUGCAAUUGUUUUUUUUUCUUAAGCAAUUAAAGAUUUAUAUUAAAGAUGUUCAUUAAAA